CCCAAAACUCUGGAUUCUGAUAGAGGGCCGUGGAUAUAAACUUGAAACGGUAUUGUUUAAAUUACUUAAAUUACAAUAUUUGAAAGUUGAGACUUUGUUUCAUAUCAUCAGUAAGCUGCUUUGAACUCUCUCUCGUAAUCACUCGGUGUAACGUUAGUCUUUGCCCCGCGAUGUAUUUUUCACUGCGUGAGUGAACAUGAUAUGCGUGACUCGUGAGACCCGCCUGGCUCGUGACUCGUCACAUACUAAAAAAGGCGGGUCUUUGCGAACGUCUCUAUUAAUGAUAAUGAUUCCAUGAUAAUGCAUGGAAUAUAACAAGGGAAAGUGCCACUAAAUAACAGGGCUAAUUUGUGUAAUUUGUAAUUUGGACGUUGCGUGGUAAGGCUUUGGUAAUCAGAUGGCUUGCAGCAGAGCCAUGGCUUGCAGUAUCUGCUCCACAGCCAAUCACGGGCCGCCUCCUUGCCAACGUGAUUCUGUUUUUAUAGAAAAUCCUAAUAAUGUGUGCAUCAUGUUAUGAUAAAGAUAUCAUAUAGAUUAAAACGAAUCCAUUGAAUGGAUCAAAAGCCACUUGGCCAUUGACAUGUGGUCAUUUUUAUGUUAAUUUAUUGAGUUACAAUUAGGCCUUACUUAAUGCUUCGUAUUGUUUAUUACUAAUCAAUAUUUCCUCAUUCUUUGUGUCCUUGCAGCAAUCCAAAGGGUCUGUCAUGAACUAACUGCACAAUGGGAGUAUUAGCUCGCUCUUGUGUGACCUAAAGGCAACAUGGGCAACACUCUGAUGCUGUGACCACUUUGCAUCCCCAUGUGUACCAUGAACAGCACAGCCUGGCCUUUGGACCUGGCUGAGUUUGUGAAACCUCGGGGCUUCAACAGCUCCCAGAGCCAGUCUGCUUCUUCGAGCGGCUGGGCCUUAAUCCACACAGCUACCCUCGCCUCCUGCUCCUUCCUGUUGGUCCUCAUAUUUUGUCUCGGUUCUUAUGGCAACUUGGUGGUCUUCUUGUCCUUCUUCGACCCGGCGUUCCGCAAGUUCCGCACCAACUUUGACUUCAUGAUCCUCAACCUGUCCUUCUGUGACCUGUUCAUUUGCUGCGUCACUGCGCCCAUGUUUGCACUGGUGCUCUUUCUGGAUGCUGGAGAUGCCAGCGGCGGAGUGUCCAAGGGCUUCUGCUUUGCCUUUCACCUCACCAGCUCAGGCUUCAUCAUUAUGUCCCUCGAAACGGUGGCUGUGAUCGCCCUGCAUCGGCUCCGCAUGGUCCUGGGUCAGCAGCCCAACCGUACGGCCUCGUUCCCCUGUACUCUGGCCCUCACAGCCCUCCUAUGGACCACCAGUUUCACACUGGCGGCAUUGGUCACCUUGCGAGCGUAUCCCAGGAGCUCCGGGCCUUGCCUGCCUCACUUCGGUCUUACUGGCAACAAGGCCAAGUUAGUAUUGUAUGUAUACAUUGCAGACUUUGCUUUCUGUGUUGGUGUGGUUUCGAUUUCCUACCUUAUGAUCGCUCAGGCUUUGAGGAAGAAUGCACAGGUACGGAAGUGUCCCAUCAUCACGGUGGACGCGACGCGUCCGCCUGCUUCUCAUCCGCCGCUCAUCACAGCCGGUUUUGAGGAUAUGCAGUGCACAGUGCAGGUGCCCUCUCUGUACCGCAACCAGACGUACAACAAGCUCCAGCAUGUCCAGACGCACCCCUUCACCAGGAGGGCCAACCAGCCCCUCGUGCCCGGGGCCGCCACUGGAGCAACCUGCUGCCAGCUGGUCUCCACCGUCAACUUGGCUACGGCCAAGGAUUCAAAGGCUGUGGUGACGUGCGUGGUGAUCAUCAUCUCCGUGCUGUUGUGCUGUCUACCACUAGGUAUCUCCUUGGCGCAAGACAUGGUGUCACAGGAGAGCAGCUUCGUCCACUACCAGUUCGAGCUCUGCGGAUUCGCCCUCAUUUUCCUGAAGUCUGGGAUCAACCCCUUCGUGUACUCGCGCAACAGUGCUGGUCUGCGUCGCCGUGUGCUCUGCUGCCUUCAGUGGGUCACCCUGGGCUUCCUGUGCUGCAAGCACAAGACACGCCUGCACGCUAUGGGCAAGGGAAGUCUGGAAGUCAACCGCAACAAGUCCUCGCACCACGAGACCAACUCGGCGUACAUGCUCUCACCCAAGCCCCAGAGGAAACUGGUUGACCAGGCUUGCGGACCCAGUCACUCCCGGGACAGCAUGCCUAGUCCCUGUGCCACCGCUGGACGCAAGCCCCGACCCCCGAGCACAUCUACGCCCAUCAACACUCGCAUAGAGCCCUAUUACAGUAUCUAUAACAGCAGUCCGUCCGCAGCACCGAGUUCCCCCAACAGCCUACAGCCGGUCAACUCUCAAACCACAGCCUUUGCCAAAAGCUACGUGGCUAUGCACUACCACACCCACCAGGAGGCGCUGCAGGACUUUGACAGCACGUCGGCUAAUCAGAUUCCCAUCCCGUCAGUCUGAGCUGUGGAACGUCAUACUGCUUGGGGAGCAUUUAUAUUGUUUGCUUGUGGUGUUUUGCUCAAGAGACAAUGUGCAUCGAGUAUCCAAUUAAAAGAAAACGGGACUUUUACAACUAGUUGUCGCUUUCCCCAAAUUUGUUAUUAAUGUUGUUUUCUGGACUAAAGGAUGUUCUAUUUUUACAUUGACAUGGCAUUUUCAUGUAAUAGUCUUCGCUCAGAUUAUGUAUUUGUGAAACAUCCUACAUUUUAUAUAUGAACUUAUUAAAUGUUUUGCAAGUGUA